CCAACUCAAUCGAUCAUGCCAAGAAAAAAAAAAUACAGAAAACGGUUAAAAACGAAAAAAUUUAUGAGUUCUUUCACCAACAUGUACCGAUCACCAAGUGGCUUCCAAAAUACAACAGUAAAAAUGCGAUGGGUGAUAUGAUAGCAGGUAUCACAAUUGGGCUCACAAUGGUACCUCAAAGUAUUGCAUAUGCAUCGCUAGCUAAUUUAUCACCACAGGAACUACGUAAUGUAUCGGUCAAAGGAAAUUUGAAAAAAGUCUUGUGGUUCAUAUCCUUGAGUCGGAACACAACUGUCGUUUUACUCUCAAUGCUUAUCACGUAUUUAUUCGAAUCCAGUGGAACUCCACUGCCGUAUUUGACCUCAGACUCGGCAAAAACUGGAUUGCCGUCACUACGGUUUCCGCCCUUUGGAUACACGUCAGGGAACACGACCGUCACGCUGGCCGAGAUGUUAUACGAAAUCCGGUCUGCAAUUUUCAUCAUACCACUUGUAUCGGUGCUGGCUAACGUGUCAAUUGCUAAAACUUAUGCUAACGGAGGUAUAGUAGAGGCGACGCAGGAGAUGCUGGCUUUGGGCAUGUGCAAUAUAGCAGGGUCGUUCAUCAUAUCGAUGCCCACGUGCGGUGCGUUCACUCGGAGUGCCCUGAGCCAAGCUAGCGGUGUCCAAACGACGUUUUCUAACAUAUACGCCACCGGUUUAAUAUUAUUGUCCAUCAUGUUCCUCACUCCYCAUUUUCAUCUCAUCCCUAGGGCGGUACUGUCAUCAAUUUUAAUCAGCGCUGUAUUGUUCAUGGUAGACUAUCAGAUAGUCAAACCUCUUUGGAAGACCAACCGUGAGUUGAUUAUUUUUCUUAAAAUAUGA